GGACACCUGGACGUCAUCUCACAGCCUCUCCUCCCUCCGCUGCCGUGCCAGCCGCCCACAUCCUCUUUUCUCCAGUCUCAGCGCGUCGGUGUCUCCAGCCAGUCAGUCCCGCGAGAGUGGCUGAGGAACACACGUGUCUAGGUUACUUGGCUGCCGCUCCGCCCCGCCUGCACUCCUUUCCUCGCCUCCUCGCUACAAAGACAACACCAGGCCAGCAUCAUCAUGAAGCGUCUGAGCAGCGCAGUGGCAGUGGUGGUGGCGGUGGUGGUGCUGGUGGUGGUGCGGGGCGUGGAGGGAGGAAGAGAGAAGCGAUAUCUCUUUGUCAAUCCAGACGCUCCCAUUACUCUAGGUUUCAUCCUCAACAUGCCCAUUUCCCUCGCCUUGCCCACUCUGGCGCCUAAAUUCGGAAGGGCGCUGGAAGAGGUGGGCGGCGGGCCGGGCGAGUGGGAGUCUGAUGGCCUGCAGAAGCUCGCGCGCCACAGACACCUUCGCCCGGAGCAGCUCUCGUGGGACCCCGCCUAUGACCUGCCGCUCUCCCGCCUCACUGCUUACUUCUCCCAUCUUGAGCUCCCCACACUGCCCUGCCAGGAGCGUCUUUUGUGUGAGCUGUCAGCGGAACCAGAGACAUUUGAGCCCAUUAACCAGAUCUUCAUGAAGGAGCUGAGGCAGUUGUAUGGACCUGUGGAGACCACGCAGGACUCACUCAUGUGGCGGUACAUGAUGGCUGUCAAGGAGGGCUUCAGAGCGGACAUCGAGGAUUGUGCCGUCAAAUAUAAGUUCUGUCCGCUGCCCGCUGACCGCAUCCUCAACAUGCCGGUGCUCAAAGUGUGGCAGUACAUCGCGUCCAAAUUAAACCUGCAGCUUGUCUAGGCAUGUGGUGUGUGUGUAUGUGUGUGUGUGUGUGUGUGUGUGUGUGUGUGUGUGUGUGCGUGUGUGUCUGUGUGUGUGUGUGUGUACAGGCUGGGACCUAGUGAUCUGUAUGUGUUUAUUUAUUUGCUGAUUGUUGAUUUGUUAAUCUAUGUAUGUACAGUGAAACCUCCGUUCGUGACGCAGUUCGCGAACCGAAAUGUUCGCGAAUUGAAACUAAUUUUCACAUUGAAAGAUUACCACAUACGUACAUAUACACUAGUACAUUCUUCAAUAUCGUACAGAUAGUCACAGCUUCACCCUGUUGUGCUGCCUGGCGAUGGUGGAAACAUGGACGCCAUUCUUAUGUUCACUAUUGUUUUCUUGUUGAAUUCCACAGGAACACGCUUAGGCUUCCUGUUACCUCUCUCAAUUUUUAUUUAUCUAUCUUUUAUUAUCUAUUUUUUUUUAGUAGCCAUAAUGGUUAAAAUAAUACAAUAAGAGCAAAAAGACCGAAAAGUAAUGUUUAAAAACACUGCGCUCGGACAAACACUAUCCAUGGCAGGCGCGCCGAAGCAGCUCAGCGAGUGCUGGCUUGCUAAGAGGUUUGCGGGGUGUUUGUGUUCGCACACUGAAACACCGUUCGUAAACCAAUGGAAAAAUGGUUCGGAAAAUCUGUUCGUGCACUGAUUUGUUCGUGAACAGGAACGUUCGUGAACCGAGAUUCCACUGUAUUUAUUUAUUUAUCUGUGCCAAGAAUUAUCAGGCAAUAUACACUUAAUCUGGGUACAACAUCAGUGCAUGUGUCUCCUUCCUUUGGUCCAGACAUACCCGGUGAUCCACAACACUUCAUGCUUCACUAGCGAGCAACUCAUCUUUGUCACUGUAACUCAGCAUCUCUCAGAGGCUAUGAGGAAUAUUUCUGUACAUCCCUUAUGACCCUUACGAUCACAUGUAUGUCUUGGACUCCAUGUGAAGAAAACAUAUCGGGAUUCUUAGGGUGAUGGAUGAGGGAGGGACGAUAGCGGUGACUGGGAAGGAUGUGGGACUGAAAAUACUCAAGUGGUGAUGGCAAUGAGUGUGACGGUGAGUGUGUGUGACAUUAUUAUUGGCAUUAGGCGCUGACUUCCACUUGUGCUAUUACAGUGUGCUUGGGGAGUAUGAAGUAGGCAUGAGACUUGCACACAUUCGUAAGUGGACUGGCUAGGGCAUUAAGUACUGGGAUAAUUGAACUUUAAUACCUUUUAAUCAAUGACAAACGCUCACAGUUUUAUGUGUGUGUGUGUUUGUGUGUGUGUGUGUGUGUGUGUGUGUGUGUCAUACCAGUCAUAAAAGUCAUGAAUGGAAAAAAGGACAGUGUGUGCCGAGUCAGAUCUGUAAACAGCAGCCUCUACAACCCAUCCUCAGUGUCACGGCGCAGACAUGCCUCGUGGGAGUACAGGUGAUCUUGUAAAUAAGAGCCAACAUUAUAUAAUUCACUAUAUUGAAUUUGUGAUGAUAAAUGACAAGGAUAU